AAAGUCGAAGAAGUAAAGUUCCAUGCUUCUCGUGAUCCGUUAAAAAGCUUAUAAGUACUAAGCAUACAUAACGGUUGUCUGAAUUUAGAACAAAGUUCUCACUCGAAGCAGAGUUCUCUAACUGAUGCAAUCAAAUCUCAAAAGUAAUCCACGAGGUCACAAACUCAGAUCUAGACGAGACAACCAUUUUACUUGUUUAUAACUGAGACGAUAACAUGUGGCUCAACAAUGACUCACAGGAGUAAAAAUAAAAUGGUCAUUUCUUAUUGUCCGAUGAUAUCAAAACCUGAUACAGAAUUACAGACAGACAACAGCAGGAAGAACUUACGAUGUUUGUCUCCAAAGUACAACGUUGUAAAGAUGACAAUGAUGGUUUUGGAGGAAGAGCAGGGCUUGACUAUAACAAAAGCUUUGUUUACGUGCAAGACUCUGGCAAUAUCCUUAAACCAGCUCCCUCUUCACUUUGAGCAACAAUGGCAGCAAUUAUCACCGUUGACUUUCAGAACUGUUUCAUCUUCAUCCUCCUAUGCCUCUUCUCACUCUUUUGCUACUCUUUCUUCUUCAAGAAACCAAAGGACUCACGAGGCUUCAGUGAACUGCCUCCUAGCCCUCCUUCUCUUCCAAUCAUUGGUCAUCUUCACCUUCUCCUCUCUUCUAUAACCCACAAGUCUCUUCAGAAACUCUCUUCCAAGUAUGGACCUCUCCUCCAUCUACGGAUCUUUAAUGUCCCCAUCAUCCUCGUCUCUUCAGCCUCAGUGGCUUACGAGAUCUUCAGGUCUCAUGACGUGAACGUCUCCUCUCGUGGUGGUGCUGCGAUCGAUGAGUCCCUCGUGUUUGGAUAUUCUGGUAUCAUCAACGCUCCUUAUGGAGAUUACUGGAAGUUCAUGAAGAAGCUUAUAGCCACUAAGCUGCUCCGACCACAGUCGCUUGAGAGGUCAAAAGGUAUUCGUGGUGAAGAGCUAAUGAGAUUUUACAACAGCAUUCUCGAUAAGGCGAAGAUGAACGAGAGCGUUGAGAUCAGUAAGGAAGUAAUGAAGCUUGUGAACAACACCUUGUGUAGGAUGAGCAUGGGAAGGAUGUUUUCAGAGGAGAACGGUGAGGCAGAGAAAGUCAGAGGAUUGGUGGAUGAAUCUUAUGCCUUGACCAAGAAGAUGUUUCUGGUAGCUUUAUUGCGUAGACCGCUCAAGAAGUUUCGGAUCCCACUAUUUGUGAAGGAGAUAAUGAGUGUUUCCGACAAAUUCGAUGAGUUGCUAGAGAGAAUUCUUGUGGAACAUAAAGAGAAACUCCAAGAGGGGUAUCAAGGUACUGAUAUGAUGGAUGUGUUAUUGGCAGCUUAUGGAGAUGAAAACGCAGAGUAUAAGAUCACUAGGAAUCAUAUCAAGUCGUUUUUCGUGGAGCUUUUCGUUGGAGGCACUGAUACCUCAGUGCAAACAACACAAUGGACAAUGGCAGAGAUCAUGAACAACCCUAACAUUCUUGAGAGAGUAAGGGAAGAAAUUGAUUCCAUUGUAGGGAAAAAAAGAUUGAUUCAAGAAACUGAUCUACCGAACCUCCCUUAUUUGCAAGCAGUAGUCAAAGAAGGGCUAAGACUGCAUCCACCAGGUCCUCUCUUGGUAAGGACGUUCCAAGAAAGAUGUGAGAUCAAAGGCUUCUACAUACCAGAGAAGACAACACUCAUUAUUAAUGCUUAUGCUGUAAUGAGAGAUCCUGAUUCUUGGGAAGAUCCUGACGAGUUUAAGCCAGAGAGGUUUCUAAGUUCCUCAAGCGCGCAAGAAGGCGAGAAAGAGCAAGCUUUUAAGUACCUUCCUUUUGGCGGCGGAAGGAGAGGAUGUCCCGGAGGUAAUCUAGCUUCUAUAUUUGUAGGAACCGCAAUCGCAGUCAUGGUGCAAUGCUUUGACUGGAAAAUCAAAGGAGAUAAGGUUAACAUGGAAGAGACAAUUGAAGGAAUGAACCUAAGUAUGGUUCAACCUCUUAACUGCUCGCCAGUUCCUCGAACCCUAUCAUUUUCUUGAAUUUACUUUUGAAGAUUUGCAGUUCCUGACACUACUCAGGUCCAUUACAUUUUCAGUCUUUUAUGGUUGUUGUAUUUGAAAUUUAAAUAUUCAUAUGCAAGAAAGCUGAGGCCAGCAAUAUAUAUUAGCUUAUCAAA